AUGAGGGACCGACUGGAGCACCUCCAGCAGGUGCGGCCCGACUCUGACGGCUUCAGCACCGUGGAGCUGUCCGAGCCCGAAGCCGCGGUGGACCGGGACCUGGACGGCAUCCUGCAGGAGGCCCAGCGGGUUCGCCUGGAGAUCCAGCAGAUCCAAAACGAUGUCAGGGAGCUGAAGGAGGCCAACUACCACGCGCUGAACAAGGCCUCCGACCCCGGAGACCUGAAACGGGACUCCAAUGCCAUCGGGGGGGACAUCAAGCGCAGAGCAGAGGGGGUCCUGCGACAGCUCCGCCUGAUGAACCACCGGCGGGAGGAGCUGGAGGCUCAGCUCGGCGGCUCGGACCCCACCGCCCGGAUCGCUCGGACUCAGUACCACUGCCUGAGCGGCGCCCUGCGAGAGGCCAUGUUCAGCUACAACGACACGGAGAUGAAACACCGGGACGCCUGCAGGCGCCACAUCCACAGGCAGAUGCAGGUGGCGGGCAUGGAGGUGGGGCAGGAGGAGCUGGACGAGGUGAUGGAGGGGCAGGACCUCCAGGUGUUCAGCGUCCACCUGCAGGGCAGGAGCACCAACUCCGCCCUCCAGCAGAUUCAGAGCAGGAACCAGGAGCUGCUGGAGCUGGAGAAGAGGAUGGAGGCCGUCCAGGAGGUGUUCCUGGACGUGGCCAUGCUGGUGGAGGAGCAGGGGGCGGCGCUCGACAACAUCGAGAAAAACGUCCAGACCUCGGGGGUCCUGAUCGACGGGGGCUUGGUGCAGCUGGAGAGAGCCACCGCCUCCGACAAGAACAACCCGUUCAAGAAGAUGUUCUGUGGAUGUUUCCCCUGUUAUCACCAAUGA